GGUUUUUGAGAUGUCAAGUUCAAUGAGCUUUCUGAAAUCUGGAUCUUUGAUAUUCAACCUACUGGUGUUUCUAGCGGGAUCAGCCUGUGCCGCUCUAGGAGUGUAUAUUCUAGUAUCAGACUAUGGACCCAAAGAACUGUCUGGAGUCCUGGGGAAUGAACUGUAUCAUAUCGCGGCCUAUGUCGCCAUUGCAGGAGGAGCUUCUAUCGCGGUCAUCUCACUUUGUGGCUGUGUAGGUGCUGCUAAAGAAAGCAAGGUCAUGCUAGCCAGUUAUUCCGUUCUGAUGACGAUAGUAUUCAUCGUAUUAUUAACAACUUCAGUGCUCGUCUUCCUGUUCCUUGGCCAGACGUCACAUCAGACGAAGGAAUCGAUGAAGACUGUCUUGAUAGAGAAGUACGGAGUGAACCAACAAGAUCCAGAAAAUCGUGUGGUGACGGAAAUGUGGGAUUUCCUACAGAAGCAGUUGAAGUGUUGCGGUGUCUCAGGAGACGCCAACUCCACAGACUCCUGGGCAAUCUACAAAAUAAAGUCAGAAUGGUUCAGAACCCAAGAAUCCGAUAGUCAGUUAGUCCCGGAGAGCUGUUGUAACCCGGAUGGUGAUCUAGCGAUGUGUAACAGAGUCUCCUCCUUCGAGGGCCCUCCAAAUUAUGACCCACCGUUUGUCGGUCCCUAUAGGAAAAACCCUAACAUGUAUCACACGGGUUGUUAUGACGAAAUUGUUCACUACAUUCAAGGCCACGCCCUUAUGAUUGGUGGAAUUGCAAUAGCCGCCAUUGUUGUCAUGCUUUUUGGAGUCAUAUUCGGGGUAUGUUUAUGUCGGUCCAUACGGAGUCGAGGCUAUAGAUAUUAACAUUUAUUCAUAAUACUGC